AUGGAAAUCCUGGUCCUCAGAGAGUCCUCCUCACACCAAGAGACCCUGCCCGCCACCGACGCCCAGGCAGGCGGUCACUUUGGCCCUGGCCGCCAACCUGUCCGAAAAGGCUUGGUGUUUUUAAAGAUACAAAAAGAAUUAUUAGACUACAAUGGAAUUGGCACUAGCGUUCUUGAAAUAAGCCACAGGCCGUCAGCUUUUCCUAAGAUGAUUAAUAACACAGAGAAUCUUGGGCAGAAAUUGCCUGCUGUUCCAGACAACUACGAGGUGACCUUUGGGCACAGAGGGUGUCAAGGCCAGUUGUCUGCUGUCCUCUUAAACCUGACUGGCCUGAAAGCAAGAAGGGGUGCUACGCAUGAGAUGACAGGAGUUUAGUUAGCCAAGGAGGCAGGAGCCUAGAAGUUUGGGAACGUGAAUAUUGUCUACCCUAAACUUGGGAGUUAUGCAAAAAUUCCAGAUUCAAGCCCCUGGAACCUCAGCCUGGGUGCCUCCUAUGUGCAUUACUGCACCAGCGAGACCGUGCACAGAGUGGAGUUUGGCUUUAUCUCUGAUGUCAAGGGAGCAGUGGUGGUUUGCCCCAUGUCCUCCAACUUCCUAUCCAAGCCAAUGGAUGUUUCCUAGUUUGGUGUGAUUUUUGCUGGUGCUCAAAAGAAUGUUGAUUCUGCGGGGAUCACAUUCGUGAUCAUUGGUGAUGACCCCCUGGGGUUUGCCCUCAGGGAGGACCCCUCCACUGAAUACAAAGUACGGGCCCCAAACCACUCCUCAGACAACACACCUCUGUGUUUCAGCAUCUAUGACAUGGGCUUGGUCCCCAAGUCGUUUAAGAACAAGGCAGUGCAGCCACUGGAGAAGCUCAGCUCCAUCAAAGCACAAAUGAUUUAUGAUAUUAUUGAUAAUCCUCAGGGAUUCUAGGUAUAUCCAGUGGAUCAGAAUAGAAGCAAGACGAAUAGCACAUUCUGCAGUGGCAAUGCCAAAGGAGAUGAUGUUUUAGAAAAAAGAUUACUUGCUAAAGCUCUUGAGCUCAAUAUGAUCUCCUUGAAAGGGAGUGGGUCUGUGGGAGUCAUCCCCUCUCUGUAUAAUGCUGACAGGAUAGAAGGUGUUUAGAAUCUGGCAGCAUCCAUGAAAAAUUCUUUGGAGACGCACCAGCUAUGAACACAUCCCAACCAAUAUGUAUUCUGUCCCUGAACAACGUACAAAAUUUAGAGUAACUUGGGAAUGGCUACGAAAACAACAAACAUGGUAUUUUUCUUCAAUGAACAUUUUAUUAUAGAUUCUAAUUUUUUCAAAGAACAACAGCAAAACAUUCACAGCUCUGCAAAGCUGGUGGGACUUAACAGACACCUUAAUUGCUUUUUAAGAUUUUUAAUUAAUUUUUUUUAAGAGAAAAAAAGAGCUGGACGGAGAAGGACAAAAGGGGGAGAGAAAAAAAUCUUAAGCAAACUCCUCGUCUAGCACAGAGCCAAGGCA